AUGGACGAUGCUGAGAGAAAGUCAUCUAUUGGGCUUUUUCUGGCUUUUGAACGGAAUAAAUACGGGGCCCAACUUAAUCGCGCGCGUUUCGUGAAUAACGGAUUUGAGGAUUCCGGCCACUCCGGAAACCCUCCACCGCCAUUGCUGCUACUCAAAUGUUCCAUUGGUUCGCCGUCCUCUUCCUCUGCUCCUCCGACGGGGACAUCUUUUAGAAACCUUGGGUUUAUGGCAUUUGGAUUUGUCAACGAUGUAUCCAAAACCUACUUCCCUAAAGCCUCAUUUCACUUGCAAACUGGAGGGAAGCCAAAGGAACCUAUGAGGAAGAUUUUGACGGUAGAAGAGCAAGCAGAGGCUGAGCAGAGAGCCCUGGCAGCUGCUCUUGCUUCUGCGAAGGAGGCAACAGUGCUCGAGUUCUAUUCACCAAAUUGCAGACUUUGCAGUUCCUUACUUGGUUUUGUACAGGAAGUUGAGAAUAGGAACUCAGAUUGGCUCAACAUUGUGAUGGCUGAUGCAGAGAAUGAUCAAUGGUUACCUGAGCUACUCCAUUAUGACAUAAAGUACGUGCCUUGCUUUGUGCUACUAGAUCAACAUGGAAAGGCACUUGCAAAAACAGGUGUUCCAAACAGUCGGCUACAUGUUGUAGCAGGUGUCUCUCAUCUUCUUAAAAUGAAACGUCCCCAGAAGUGA